AUGACGAGGUCUUUUACAAUUGUAUUGAAAUUAGGCUCUUCUUCGUUGGUGGAUGAAUCCUCCAGGGAGCCAAGGUUAUCUACGAUGUCUCUAAUUGUCGAGACAGUUGUUAAGUUACGUCGAAUGGGCCAUAAAAUUAUUAUUGUUUCAUCAGGCGGGAUUGCUAUCGGGCUGCAGACUAUGGGAAUGAUGAAAAGACCAAAGAAGCUAUCUCAAGUACAGGCUGUUGCUGCAGUUGGUCAAGGGAGGUUAAUUGGUCGAUGGGAUUCUCUAUUCAGACUGUUAGGACAGCGAAUUGCUCAAAUCCUGAUAACUCGUAAUGAUAUAGUGGACUGGACGCAGUAUAAAAAUGCUCAGAAUACUGUUCAUGAGUUGUUGGAGAUGGGGGUUGUUCCUAUUGUGAAUGAGAAUGACACUUUGUCGGUCACGGAAAUUGAGUUUGGGGAUAAUGACACGUUGAGCGCUAUUACAGCAGCGCUCGUUGGCGCAGACUACUUAUUUUUGCUAACGGACGUUGAUUGCCUCUACACCGACAAUCCUCGUACGAAUCCUGCGGCAAAACCUAUAUUGGUUGUUCCAGACUUAUCCCAGGGUCUCCCUGGGGUGAAGACGUCAAGUGGCUCCGGUUCAGAUGUCGGGACAGGCGGCAUGGCCACCAAGUUGAUUGCAGCUGACUUGGCUACUAAUGCGGGGAUCCACACCAUAAUCAUGAAUAGCGACACUCCUUCGAAUAUCUACGAAAUUGUGAAAUUUAUUCAAAACAGAGAGCAAAAGUCUGAGUCUGUAGAGAAUUUGAGCCUGUUACAAGAACAGGAGUUGAAGAUUCUUCAGGAACAUAAUGUCCCGCUACAUACGAGGUUUGUUGCGAAUGACAAUCACCACCUUUUAAAUACAAGAGAGUUUUGGAUGUUACAUGGGUUGGUUAGCCAGGGAGCAGUUAUUAUAGACAAAGGCGCCUACCGCGCCUUGACAAGGAAGAACAAGGCCGGUUUGCUUCCAGCCGGUGUAAUAGGCGUUGAAGGAAGCUUCCACGAACUGGAGGCUGUAGAUUUGAAGGUAGGCUCUCGAGCGCCCGAUGGAUCACUAGAUAUGAGCAUUCCACUCGAGAUUGUCGGGCGUGCCCGUUGUAAUUAUCCAAGCACAGAGUUGGAUAAAAUCAAAGGAUUGCACAGUGACGAGAUAGAAGACGUCCUAGGUUACGCUGACAGUGAGUACGUCGCCCAUAGACACAACUUGGCCUUUCCGCCACAUAGUAGUUAG